CACGAGGCCAAAACACUUGAGGAGUGCUGCGUUCAGCCAAUCGUCAGUACAGAACGACAGGACUACAACACGGCUGGAAGUGGGAGGAAGGACCGUACUAGGGUGGCAAAACAUGGCGAAAAAGCAAGUUUCGAUUUUACCUGCUGACUGAAACCCAACCAUUUGAUAGCAUCGCCAACUUAUAAAGAAAAAAAGAACUGGACGCAAGUAGAGCGACGUUUAACUUUAAGAAGUGGAGUGCUCCAGCCAGCAAGUACGGUGUCUGGGUGGAAAAAUAGUGCCUGCCUGUUCGUCUGUGUUUUCCCCGCAAGGUUGGCAGUGCCUAGGCGCGACUGUAAACAGAAAAUGGGCGAAGAGGGAAAGUUUUUUCCCCACCGUUCUUUUAAAAAACAAAAUACAACAUUCAAAAAAUAAUAAUUUAGCGUGUUAGCUUAGCUGUUAGCUGGCCCGUUGAGGUUGGAUGUGUUAACGGCGCUCACCUGAGUUUGGGAUUACUUCGCGCUUCCGCUAAAAUUAAGGAAUUAUUCAAGUUUGUAAAGUGCUGACGCAGGAAGCUGUGUCUUUUUGAACGAGGAUUUUAUUUUUAAGGAAAACCUAUUUAUUUUCAGAGCAGCAAAUGUUACGGCAGGAAUGACAGCUUGACGUUCGGUUCUGGUGCUGGACGGACCCGGACGCCAUCACAUCAGAUGAUCGCUCGCGCUGCGUCGCCUUCACGCUGAUUUUUUUUAACCUUAUAAUAAUAAUAAGCGUACUAACGAAGCCGCCAGCUGGGAUUUAGCACGAUUUUUUUCUCGACAUGGAUAGUUUUGACAAAUGAAACUCUGGUUGGGUUUUUCGGCAGGGAAUACGUCUUGUAAAAAAAAAACAAAAACAAACGCAGCAAGGUGUUUAACAACAGUGUAGGUCGGUGCACUGCGUGAAAACCUGUCUGUUCUAAUAUAUCUCUUAUGGCCGGCUAGCAGCGACGUUUUUAAUAUUUUUCGCAGGUUUUUGUAUUUUUAUUCUUUUUUAUUUUUUUACGACUGCAGAUCGCAGCGUUGGACCAUAAACAGUUGUGAGCUAGCCAGCUGGGUGCGACUGUGGUUUUCUGCGAUGGACUUAAUGCAAACGUUGCUCCGCAGCAGCUUCGGCACACUGCAAACUCAGUUUUCCCCAUUUAUGUAGAUUAACUCCGCAUAAUCUAUUAAACAGGUUCUUAAUUCCCCCUCCUUAGCUAUUCUGUUAUUCUUCUUCUUAUUAUUUUUUAGCUAACUUGUUAGCUAACGUCACAAGUUUUCGCCAACUAUGUCUGAAAACGCCCCCACACGAAGCCUGGAUGAAAUCGACCUCGCAGCUCUGCGGGAUCCUGCUGGGAUAUUUGAGCUGGUUGAGGUUGUUGGCAAUGGAACAUAUGGACAGGUGUACAAGGGUCGCCAUGUGAAGACCGGCCAGCUGGCCGCCAUCAAGGUGAUGGAUGUCACAGAGGAGGAGGAAGAGGAGAUCAAGGCAGAAAUAAACAUGCUGAAGAAAUACAGCCACCACCGCAACAUAGCCACAUACUAUGGUGCCUUUGUCAAGAAGAGUCCACCAGGACAUGACGACCAACUUUGGCUUGUGAUGGAAUUUUGUGGGGCGGGGUCAGUGACCGACCUUGUGAAAAACACUAAAGGCAGCUCCCUGAAGGAGGACUGGAUUGCUUACAUUUGCAGAGAGAUCUUGAGGGGCCUUUGUCACCUUCACAACCAUAAAGUGAUCCACAGAGACAUCAAAGGCCAAAAUGUUCUGCUAACAGAGAAUGCAGAGGUCAAGCUUGUUGAUUUUGGAGUGAGUGCUCAGUUGGACAGGACUGUUGGCCGCAGGAACACCUUCAUUGGGACUCCCUACUGGAUGGCUCCUGAGGUUAUUGCCUGCGAUGAGAACCCAGACUCUACCUACGACUUCAGGAGCGAUAUUUGGUCCUUGGGGAUAACAGCCAUUGAGAUGGCAGAAGGAGCACCUCCCUUGUGUGACAUGCACCCCAUGAGAGCCCUCUUUCUAAUUCCAAGGAACCCUCCUCCAAAACUUAAAUCAAAAAAAUGGUCCAAGAAGUUCAUCGACUUCAUAGAGGGCUGCCUUGUCAAGACGUACACCAGCCGGCCAUCUACUGAGCAGCUGCUCAAGCAUUCCUUCAUCAGGGACCAACCCACUGAGCGGCAGGUCCGAAUUCAGCUCAAGGAUCACAUCGAUCGCACACGCAAGAAGAGAGGGGAGAAGGAAGAGACAGAGUAUGAAUACAGUGGUAGUGAUGAAGAGGAUGAAAACCGUGGCGAUGAUAGAGAGUCCAGUUCAAUACUCAAUGUUCCCGGUGAAUCCACGCUGCGCCGGGACUUCCAGCGGCUGCAGCAGGAGAACAAAGAGCGCUCGGAGGCUCAUAAGAGGCAACAAGCUCAACUGGCAGCUCAGCGACGGGACACGGAGGAGCACAAGAGUAAACUCCUGCAUGACCGGCAAAAACGCAUCGAAGAGCAGAAGGAACAACGCCGUCGGCUCGAAGAACAACAGAGAAAGGAGCGAGAGAUGGUGAGGCAGCAAGAAAAAGGUCCCCAUCGGAGAAUUGACGAUAUGAGACGGGAGGAAGAUAGAAGGAUGGCUGAGAGGGAGCAGGAGUUUAUCAGACAUAAGUUAGAGGAAGAGCAGCGGCAGUUAGAAAUCCUACAGCAGCAGCUGCUUCAGGAGCAGGCACUGCUCAUGGAGUAUAAGCGCAAACAGCUGGAGGAGCAGCGCCAGUCAGAGCGGCUGCAGAGACAGCUGCAGCAGGAGCAUGCCUACCUGGUGUCUUUGCAACAGCAGCAGCAAGACAAGAAGCCCCAGCUUUACCACUACAACAAAAACUUGGAGCCAAACAACAAACCUAAUUGGGCCCGAGAGGUGGAGGAGCGGAGUAAACUCAACAGGCAGGGUUCACCCAAAAUCUGCACUACGGUCUCUGACACUAAUAUCCAGUCGCGUGCCGAUUCUAUCAGCCAAUCAGGAUCGGUUGCUCAGACACCACCCAUGCAGAGGCCAGUGGAACCUCAAGGGGGGCAGAGCAAGUUUCAGAUGGCUCAUUUGGUUCCUCUAAAGCCUUACGCUGCCCCUGUUCCUCGCUCUCAGUCCCUCUGUGACCAGCCCACUAAGAACAUGUCCGCAUUCCCCACUCAGGAUCCUUCCCUCCUCCCCAUACCUCGCCCCAACCACUCCAGAGAGCUUGUACGUCAGAACUCCGACCCCACCUCUGAAACCCCCGCACCACUUGCACAUCAGAUCAGGGAGGAACGUGGCCCUUGGAUUCGUUUGCCAGAUGUAGAGCUUCCUCCAAAGGUCCCUCAGAGGACAGCAUCCAUUGCUACAGCUCUUAAUGCCAACCUGACCUCUGGUAUUAGGCACCCGGUGAGAGCCAGCAAUCCAGAUCUCAGCCGUAAUGACCGUUGGGAGAGAGGCGACAGCAUGAGCAUCAUUUCCAAUCUGCCACAGACGGGCUCUCUGGAGAGGCAUCGCAUCCUCAGUUCUUCUAAGAUGGAUUCGCCCAUGCUUUCUCAUGAAAGCCGCCAUAGGCCAGGGGAAUCUCGAACUUCCUCUCGCCCUGGGCGCCCUGCUAGUUACAAGAGGGCUAUAGGGGAGGACCACGGCCUCUAUGCCAAGGAGCGUGCUGAAGAGCCCCCGAGGCCCCCAGUCAAGGCCAAUGAUUACUCCUCUUCCUCAGAGAGCAGUGAGAGUAGUGAAGAAAGCGAGAGCGGUGAAGGACCAGAGGAGGAAGAAAGUCCAACAGAUCGCCACAGAGACGCAGACACUGAUUCAGUCAACACCAUGGUUGUUCAUGAAGACGAGGCUGAGGGGGGAGAAGGAGAUCAAGCUGGAGGAUAUGGGGAUCAGACUAUGCUGGUGCAGAGAACCCCAGAGAAGAGGAAUCACAAUGGAUACACAAAUUUGCCAGAUGUGGUGCAGCCUUCCCAUUCCCCCACUGACUCAGCCUCUCACUCCUCUCCGGGGAAGGACUCAGUUUAUGACUAUCAGUCCAGAGGUUUGGUGAAAGCAUCAGGCAAGUCCUCCUUCACCACUUUUGUGGAUCUUGGCAUGUACCAAUCACCAGGAGAUACAGGGGAUACCAUGUCUAUCAGUGACUCCAGGUUCGAGCAGCUAAAGAUGGAGGUCAGGAAAGGAUCCAUGGUUAAUGUGAAUCCCACCAACACACGCCCCCCCAAUGACACACCAGAGAUCCGCAAAUACAAGAAGAAGUUCAACUCUGAGAUCCUGUGUGCCGCACUCUGGGGUGUAAAUUUGUUGGUGGGAACAGAAAACGGCUUGAAGCUGCUGGAUCGAAGCGGUCAAGGAAAAGUUUACCCGCUCAUCAACUCUCGCAGGUUCCAACAGAUGGACGUCCUGGAGGGCCUCAACCUUCUGAUCACCAUAUCUGGCAAGAAAAACAAGGUGCGUGUCUAUUACCUGGCCUGGCUAAGGAAUAAGAUCCUUCACAACGACCCUGAGGUUGAAAAAAAGCAGGGUUGGACCACUGUGGGGGAGAUGGAGGGCUGUGUACACUACAAAGUGGUGAAAUACGAGCGGAUCAAGUUCCUGGUGAUCGCUUUAAAGAACGCAGUGGAAGUGUAUGCCUGGGCUCCCAAACCUUAUCACAAAUUCAUGGCCUUUAAAUCUUUUGCAGAUCUGCCACACAGGCCUGUCCUGGUUGAUCUGACAGUGGAGGAAGGCCAGAGGUUGAAGGUCAUCUAUGGUUCUUGCGCUGGCUUCCACGCUAUUGAUGUGGACUCUGGAAACAAUUACGACAUUUACAUCCCAGUUCAUAUCCAAAGUCAGGUGAUCCCACACGCCAUCGUGUUCCUGCCCAACUCAGACGGCAUGGAGAUGCUGCUGUGCUACGAGGAUGAAGGUGUUUACGUCAACACGUACGGACGCAUCAUCAAGGAUGUGGUCCUGCAGUGGGGCGAGAUGCCCACCUCUGUUGCUCACAUCUGCUCGAACCAGAUCAUGGGUUGGGGGGAAAAGGCCAUUGAGAUCCGCUCUGUGGAGACUGGUCACCUGGACGGCGUCUUCAUGCACAAACGAGCUCAGAGGUUGAAGUUCCUUUGUGAGAGAAAUGAUAAGGUGUUUUUUGCCUCGGUGCGUUCAGGCGGCAGCAGCCAGGUGUACUUCAUGACUCUGAACAGAAACUGCAUCAUGAACUGGUGAAGGAACAGCUGCUCCGGUCUGGAGCCCAGCCGGGUCGGGAGGACCGAGUGCAUCUGAAUUUACGCAUGUGAACGCCGCUCUCCCUCUUUCUUCUAUAGCUCGCCCAACACACACACACACCUCUGAAUCCAUUCCAGCCAACACUCUUUAUGAUGCAGCUUCUCUCCCCGGAGUCCUCAUGAAACAUUGCUGAUGAGCUUAAAAUCUUAUGAACAUCCAUUACUUUGUACUGUGUGUACAUAAAUAAUAUAUAUACAUAUAUUCCUGCUUGGUUUACUUUUCUUUGUUAGACUUGUGUUCAGUCGUAACUAUUUAGUUUUCAAUUGUGAAGUCUGUUAACAUUCCACGACGGCUCGACAUUGCAUUUUGCCAAAGGCGUUCUUUACAAACACUGUAUGUUGAAAUGGCAAGUAGACGGCACCUCCGAGUUCGCCACUGUUUACAGGGACAUGAGGUCAAAAAAAAUAAGUACUGCUGGAACGCCCGUCUGCUGCAGGCUGCAGCCGCUCUGAGCGCAUUACUAAGGCUCAAUGUAAGGUCUUAGUAGACAUAUUACAAAUUGUGGAUGUGUCAUAAAAUGAUGUAAAAGUCCAGGUACUGUAGCUUGGUUUGUAUCUUUUCAGUUUCUAUCUAUCUAAACUGUAAGCUUCAGUCAUGCUUUCUAGUGUCUGACCUGAACGGACCCCUAAUCAGAGCAAACAGGUCUUCAUUCUAAGGAACCAAAAACACGGUUUCUGAAACUAGUCUGCAGUCACGUGAAUGAGCAGAGCAGACAGUAGUGAUUCUCGGCUUUGUCCCACAGGUUAGGCAAAACCAAAAACUGUCAGACUCGUAUCUAAACACAUUGCUUUCAUAGAUUUCUGAAACAUAGAAAUUUGAUAUUGUAUGUAGUGAUGACGUAUUUGCAAAAGCCUUCUGGCUGUCUUGAUUUUACUGUACUAGCAUUACGAGCACACAGAUACAUAUAUAAAAAUUUCCAACUGGUAGAGUCUUGAGGGAAGGCGUCUUGAUUUGAUGUGUGCAGUCAUGAGACGGUUGUUUUGAGAAAAAUGGCACACAGCGGUCAGCUCGACCUUUUUAGUUCAUAAACUAGCUUGUUACAUUUCUAUGUAAGAAUUGUCUGACCCUGGAAUGGCAGCAGAAACGCUCCCUCAAUGCUGCCAUUUGCAUUCUUCAGAAAGUCUAAGCUGGUAAGCUUUAAGUAGAUAACAGAGGAAGGCUGUAACUCAUCAGAGUCUUUAUCUUUUCCAUUCUGCCAAAGUUCACCAUAUAUUUUGCAAAUAAGUGAAAGUCGAGGCCAAAGGAAGAAGAGCAGAGGUGAUGAUCCCUUAGAUUAAUCAGAGCUUCUUUCUAGCUUUAUAAAUCCAAAACAUAAUUUGUUUGGGUGAUGGUAGAUUAGAUCAUUUGCUCUUUUGAGCUUCCUGUCACAUUAGAUUAUUUUAAAAAAAAUCGGAUACAAACGGUUGAACAAAACAAACAGAAAAAGGAAAGUUUCUGUCAUUUUACAAGUUUACAUGUAUUUUUGUCUCCAUGUUAAACAAAAAAAAACAUGUGAGAAUAAAAAAAAAAUUGUGAUUAGUGAUCAGUAGGUAGAGUAGAUCAAUAGAUAAAUCAAUAAAGCUUACGGAAAUAUCUUUUGCGUUAUCCAAAAUGUACUUUUUUUUUAAGUGGAGUUCAUCAAGAUUUUGUAGUCAGAAUUAUAAGUCGUACUUGGGCAUGGAAAGCACUUUCAUUUUAGCAAAACCACGUCGGUGUGCAUGUUAGACUUGGAUAUGACGAUGUCGUCGUGUGUGGAAGGUGGUGUUUCCCGUUGAGCGAAUGAAUAUCUGUUCCGUGCCAUGACCUUCAGUACAGGUUUCUGAAAAACAAUCCACUUUUUUUUAAGCAAUCUGCCAUGUUUACAGUCAAAGCAGUGCCUUGAAGUUGGGAAGCCGAGAGGUUUCAGGAAAGGUCAUGAGCCCCACCCCACCCCCGCCUCCUUUACCAACCCUUCAAAUGUCUAACUCAAACAAAAUGGCACAACCGUUCGCCCCCUUGUUGGGAUGAACAAUCGGUUAAGUGCACUUAAAUAAGAAACUAAUCUUCCCACGGAUGAGCUCUGAAAGACCAGAGCACGUGUCCCCUUAGAAAGUAGCAAUAACAGCGAUGAUGACGCGUCACUGUCAGCCUGGUGACAUGUUGACGAUCCUCUCACAGAAAAAAAGCCAUGUUUCCUGCGCGCAUUGAAUGAAACUGCGUGUGAUGCCUGCUCAGAUUAUACAGCUUCAUAGUGCACAGAUUAAAAUAAGUGCUUGUUCUUCAGUGGUGUUAAUUGUGUUAAUCUUGUGGUGGGGAGAGUAGUUAGAAAUAUUCUGAGAAGCCUAUUUUCUGAAAUUUGUAAAUGAGUCUAUAUUGAGAAAUCAAAGUGAAUGUACAUCUAUGACAGAUUUGUAUUUAUAUUAAAGUAUGUUCCACACCAAUAACCCAAGCACAAUGUUGAGGCUGAAGCGGGGUCAUGGAUUCUACACAUUUUAUUUUGCUCUUUUUUUUUUUUUAGCUUUAUUUGAUCAGCUGUCAAGCUCGUCGGGGUGAAAAUGAGCUGCUCUACGUGAGCGGGCAGUCCGCUGCUGUGUGGACAUGGACUGUCAGUGCAGCAAUCAGUCCUGUUGAAUCGGGUCUUUCACAUUCUCAGGUGAUCCUCAUGAAAGGGGUGAUGGAGCCUUUGAUCAAUUAGUUAUGUCUGACAGGCUUUGCAACUAGAAACAGGAUGAAAUUUGUGAAGCUGAUCUACAAACUAACCAUCAUCUUGGAGGAAAAUCACAGUCAAACCAUAGAUUGAAAUUAAAUUAAGGUGAAUACUAUAAUAUAGACCAAAAGAUGAGUUUUAUGGAAGAAUAAAGUAUAGAAAUUAUAGCAUAUUUUUCUUUCAGGUUCAUCCCAAAUUGCAGGAAUUUAUAUUCUUUGCUUAAGAGAUAUAGAUUUCCCUCAAAGCACCUUUAGUGCAGUUCUGUUUUUUGCAGAAAAACUGCCCUAAGCCAUGGCAACAGUUGAGUGGCUGUAAUCUCACCUGUCAGUCCAUCAUCAGUGAAGGGACGCUGUUGGGUUGCAGGCUUACAGCUUUGCGCUGUGAAGAAAGACGAUGUUUUAGUUUCAUAAGCAAUACAAGCAUUUGAACAAAUCAAGAGCCGCGCUCUGUGUACGACAGCGUUGGCAGGUAGUGGCUUUGGUGGAGAAAUGUAGGCCGGUUGGUGUGACUUUAGUUCUCUUAAUCAUCAAAAAAACAUGUGCUUUUAAAGUGAAAUCUCAAUCUGCCUUCAUAAUCUGUAUGAAAUGACCGAUGGAUGACUUGUCACGAGGCACUUUUCUGUCACAGCUUAUACUCUAGUCUGGUUUAAAUGGUCUAGCAGCUAUAGCUAGAAGUGAAGCAGAUCGAAACUUUUUUUUUUUUUUGGAUCUGUAGGCAGAAAUAAAACAUCUUUUAUUUCCUUAGAAAGUUUUGUUUUUUAUUCUUCUUUAAUAGUUUUACAAUGUUUUCACGUGCGGGCCUGUCUGUGUUACUUGUGAAGUUUAACUCCAGAUUGUAUUUCAUAAACUUUAAACUUUUAAAAGAUUGUUGAAUGAAUUCAUGUCUUAAUAAAGAUUGUUUGAAAAAUAAA